AUGGCGGAGGAGGGCGGUGGCAGUCGCCUCGAUAGGCUGCUCAGGCUCAUCGAGGCGGGUUCGACCCCUGCGGCGAGGAAUGAGGCGGCUCGACAGAUUGGAGAGAUCGCGUCGCACCACCCCAAUCAGCUCCCGAACCUGCUGCGGAGGAUCCGUGGGUUCCUGAAGAACAAGCAGUGGGAGACCCGCGUCGCCGCCGCCAAGGCUGUGUCGUUCAUAUGCGAGGGGAUCCACCACGCCACAGUCGCGGACAUCGCCAGGCUCGAGGGGAUCUCCCUGGAGGACGCCGCGGCGGGUGCAGAUAAGCUCGCGGCGGUCAAGGCCGAGCCCAACGCCAAUCCCGGGGACGACGACUCGGACGCCGACGUUAACCUCAAAUUCGACGAGUUCGACAUCGUCGGGGUCCUGGACACCGCCGCGCCGCUGCUCGCGUCCAAGGUUGGAGACUUUGACGCGUCAACCGCCGACGACGCCAAACUCACCAAGAAGGAGAGGCUCAGACUGGCCAAGCAGGCGCUGAAGGAGAGGCUUGGGAUGGCGGUAAAGGACGACGGGGACACGAGCGGCGUCAAACGAGAGGAAGGGACCCGCGCGCUGGACGUCACCAAGUUUGUGGACGUGGACGAUCUCGUCGGGGAGGAUGACGUGGAGGACAAGGCGGCGGUCAAAGUCGAGGAAAACAGGGUCGACGCCGCGGACCUGUCGCAGCUGAGCGCGAGGGAACGUAACAGGCUCAAGCGUAAGCAGAAACGCGCGGCGAGAGACGAUGCCGAAGGAGCAGCCGCGGCGGCGCCCGCGUCCAAGAAGGCGAAGAAGGGCGGCGAGGAUGCGGCGCUCGCCGCGGCUGAGGCUGCCGAGGAGGAGGAGGAGGCUGCUGAGGUUGAGGCCGGCGCUUGGCCGCUCACCAGGACCUGUGAAUCGCUCGCGUACUCUCUGUUCGCCGCGCGGUGGGAGGAACGUCACGGCGCGGCCGCCGCGCUCAGGGAGAUCCUCAGGCAUCACGCAGACGCCGCGGCUGUUCUCAAACCACCGGCGAGGACUACGUCGCUCCCUCCUUCCACCGCCGCCGUCGCCGCCAAAUCAAACGGCGCGUGGCUCGAGGACAUGGCGGUGCGUCUGCUGUGCCUGCUCUCCCUCGAUAGAUUCGGAGAUUACGUCGGCGAUGGGGUGGUCGCUCCCGUGCGCGAGACCGGCGCUCAGGCUCUGGGCGCGGGGCUCCUUCCGCUUCCCCCCCCGGCGGUUGAGGCUGUCGUGCGCGCGGUGCUGGUGCUGUUGCGGCGGGGCGAGUGGGAGGUGCGACACUCGGCGCUUCUCGCGUUGCGAUACGUGCUCGCGGCGAGGGACACGCUCGCGCCGAGGCUCCUUCCCGCGGCUCUACCGGCGGCGGUCACCGCGUUGGACGACAAGGACGACGACGUCAGGGGCGCCGCGGCGGAGGCUCUCCUUCCCGCGGCUAGGCACCUUCCCUCGCACCAGGAUUUCCCCAAGCUGCUCAGCGCGCUGUGGGGCUUGCUGAGACGCCUGGACGACCCGGACCUGCUCACGUCCCCGUCCAACGUGCCAAUCAUGCGACUGAUCUCCGCGCUGUACGCGCUACCCGAGACGAGGGCGGUGCCACCCGCGGGACCGGGCAGUUCACUCAAGGAUGUCGUCCCCUCCGUGUUCCCCUUUGCGUUACAUCCCAUCGCUUCGGUUCGAAUCGCGGUGUGGCGCACGCUCCGUCGGCUGAUGAGCGACGCGGAGCUGCGCGCGGGUUGGAUCUCGGACGCGAGCGUCACCGCGCCGAUGUUGAGGCUGUUGUACCAGGCCAUCCUGCUCGAAGAGGAUUCGGAGACGGCGUCCGAGGCGCAGGGGGCGUGGGAAGAUGCGGUGGCCGCGGCGAACGUCGGGACCGUCGCCGCCGCGGUCAAGGCGAACGUCGAGGCGUGGUGCACCAAGGCGGCGACGGCGGCGGGAUCUCGCCCGGAUCCGAAACUUUUGUUUGUGGUAUCGCUGGGCGACGCCGUGGGUCAGAUAUCCGGCGCGCACGAGCGCGCCCCGACGUCCACGAGCGAGUGGACCGUCGCGAGUGUUGGUCGCCUCAGGGCGGUGCGCGCUCUCAGUCAGCUGGCGAAGGUUUUGUGCGGGUCCGGCGACGCCGCCGCGGCGGAGGCGGCAAAGACCCUCGAGGCUCAGGUGAUUCGUCUCAUGGCCGCGCCCAAGGCGACGUGGCGCAUGACCGGGGCCCACCUGCUCGCGCAAUGGCUCGACGCCAUACCCGAGGGCGCGACAAAACCCCCGCUCGAGGCUCCGGGCGCCAGGCUCGGCGAGCUCCUCUCCAACACGAACCCUGCCUAUCCGUCGCUGCCGUCUGCUUCGCCGUACGCCGAGGUUUUGGGUUUCCAGGAGCGAGUCAAGACGGAGGCGACGGGGUUACUGAGAGCCGCGGGACAGGGGGGUGUCCAACUCACGACCAGUGAGGUGCCCUCACCGGCGGCGGAGGGGUUCGGGGCGGAACACGCGGGCACGCUCGCCGCGGCUGUGCCACAGGUGAGGGCGACAAAAGGUGCGGCGCAAGGACCUGCUGGAGUUGCCAUCGAGUCCGCGCGCAGCAAACUUCUCGCUUCUGCGGCGUACCUCAAGGGAGAGGAGACACGACUUCACAGCCAUGUUCUCUCCGCCGCUGCUGGAGCUGCCGUCGCCUUUGGAGCACUGCCGCCCAAGCUAAACCACCUGAUUCAGCCCCUAGUGCGCAGCAUCAGGGGAGAAACCGACCGACUGCUGCAACGCAGAUCUGCGAGGGCGCUGGCGUGUCUCAUUAAACUCGCCAACGCGCGCACUCCUUCGCCGGUUCCAAAGAUUGUCCAGAACAUCAUCGGGUUUGCUUGUGCCGACCCGCUUGAGACCCCUCGCGCUGACGGCGGCGACCUCGCGGCGCAACAAGCUGCCGCCGCCGCCGCCGCCGCGACUGCCGCUGCCGCUGCGGCGGCAGGAAGCGGUGAUAGCGAGCUCACGGAGGCGGCUGUGGCGAGGCGGGGCGCUGAGGCGACGCUUCUGGAACUCUCCAACGUCUUUGGCGAGAGCCUCUUUGAUGCUCUGCCAAGACUGUGGGAGCUCAUGGCGGGUCCCCUCACGUCGGCUCCCACGCCCCAAUCAGUCAUCGAUGGCGCUCAGGUGCUUAAGGUCCUCGGUCCGAACGUCCAUCCGUCCCUCCAGGAUAAGGUGUUGGCGCUGAUCCCCGCCGUUUUCGACGCGGCUGUCAACGGCGGCGAAGCUCUGCAGAAGACAUCGGCUGGUGCGCUCGCCGCCCUCGCAAAGGCGGUUCCGUCCAAGGUAAUCGCCAACCUGCUCGCACUCGUGGUCCCCGCGCUGGAGGAUAGUGGUGAAGCGGAUUCGGCCACCGGUAAGAGGCGCGGCGCGGCGGCGGUGGCGUCAGCUCUGGUGACUGACCUCGGCGCCGCGCUCGCGCCGUAUUGCGUUCUGAUGCUGGUGCCGCUGAUGGGUAGAAUGAGCGACCCGGUGCCGGUGGUUAGAGAAAUGGCCACCAAGUCGUUCGCAUCCCUGGUGCCUCUACUACCUCUCGCGCGUGGCCGUGCGCCCCCGCCGGAGCUUUCCGCAGAGCAGGUGAAGCGAAGCGAGAAUGACGGAGCUUUCCUUGAGGCGCUCCUGGACAACAGCAAGGUUGAGGACUUUGAGCUGCCGUUCAAGUGCAACCGCGUUCUGCGACCGUACCAGCAAGAGGGUGUCAACUGGCUCGCGUUCCUGCGCAGGUUCAAGCUUCACGGCGCUCUGUGCGAUGACAUGGGCCUAGGAAAGACGCUUCAGUCCACCUGCAUCCUCGCAGCGACCAUUGUCGAGCGCAAGAAAGCAGGUUUGCCGCACGUCCCCGCGCUGGUGGUGUGCCCGCCGACACUCGUCGGUCACUGGGCGCACGAGAUCAACCAGUACGUCGCCGAGGACGUGCUGCGGCCACUGGAGUACCACGGUCAGCCGGGUGAUCGUGCUAAACUGCAGCCCGACGCUUUCUCCGGGAAGUACGACGUGAUCAUCAUGUCCUAUGACUCGCUUCGAUCGGACGCCGCGGCUAUGGUGGAUGGCAAGUCGUACAGCUAUUGCAUCCUGGAUGAGGGCCACGCCAUUCGAAACCCCAAAGCCAGGAUCACGCAGGCGGUGAAGAAGGUGAGAGCGGAGCACAGACUUCUUCUGUCGGGAACACCCAUUCAGAACGACGUGGUGGAGCUCUGGUCCCUGUUUGACUUCCUCAUGCCCGGAUUCCUGGGUACCGAGAGGGAGUUCAAGCAGUCCUAUGGCAUCGCCUCGGCGAGGAGCGUUGCAGCAAAGAAGGGCGGAGGAUUGACCGAGCAGGGCGCGCUCGCCACCGGCAAGCUCCACAAGCAGGUCAUGCCCUUCGUGCUCAGGCGCACCAAGGAUGAGGUGCUCAAGGAUCUGCCCCCUAAGAUAAUUCAGGACAUUUACGUCGACCUCACCCCACACCAGAAGCACCUGUACGACGCAUUCGAGGGAUCCUCAGCAAAUGCCGAGAUCACUAACGUAAUCAGCGGCGGCGGCGAGAGUGCGAGCGGCGCGGCGACUCACGUCUUUCAGGCACUCCAGUACCUGCGCAAGCUCUGCUCGCACCCUCGGCUCGUCACCGAGGGUGACGGCAAGAAGGGGAAGAAGGCCAAACCCACCGCGGAAACAAUGUCACCCAAGUUUAUGGCGUUGAAACAGAUUUUGCUGGAUUGCGGCAUCGGGGAGGACCCACUCGCGGAGAAGGACCCGGACCAGAAGCAAGAGUCCUCCGGCCACCGCGUGCUGAUCUUCUCGCAGCUCAAGUCGUUGCUGGACCUUGUCGAGGACGAGCUCUUCGGUCACUUACUGAAGGGUGUGUCCUGGCUCAGACUUGACGGCAGCGUCGCGCCCACCGCGAGGUUCGACGUGGUGCGCAAGUUCAACGCGGAUCCUUCCAUCGACGUCCUCUUGCUCACCACGCACGUCGGCGGCCUCGGUCUCAAUCUGACCAGCGCAGAUACUGUGGUGUUUCUGGAGCACGACUGGAACCCGCAGAAGGACCUGCAGGCGAUGGACAGAGCGCACAGGCUCGGGCAGAAGCGCACGGUGAACGUGUUCCGCCUUCUGACCAAGGGGACGCUCGAGGAGAAGAUCAUGGGCCUGCAGCGGUUCAAACUCGACGUCGCGAACGCGGUGGUGAACACAGAUAACAUGUCCCUGUCCGCGAUGGACACUGGUCAGAUGCUGGAGCUAUUCACGGCUGACAAGGGCGACAAGUCUGGGGAGAAGAAGGACGCCGGCGGUGAGAACAGGGCGGCGGGUGCGGCGGCAGAGGCGGUGACGGGCGGGCUCAAGGGCGCGCUUGCGGGCUUGGAGGAGCUCUGGGACGAGAACCAGUACAAGGAAGAGUUUGCCUUGGACGGUUUCAUCAAGAGUCUAAACAAGAAAGAGUGA